UCUCUCUCUAGAGUCUAAUAUCCUAAUGUUUACUGCUCUACUGCUUUACUGCUAUCCUCUUAUUAUUGUUCUUACCAUAAUUGCUUUGUGCCUCGAGAGGUACGUCGUAUUUGCUGGAAGAUCACUUUGAUUUCUGCACUCUGGUUCUUCUCUUUCUCACCCCUCUGCUUAUCUAUAAACACAUGAAGGGAAAUUUGGAUCUAUUCUAUUCUCUGUAUUCUCAAUAUGUUUCAAUGGGUUUGAGGCCCUCCUCCUCCUUUCCAUUUUCUUCCUUCUUGCUUUCAAUCUUAAUCUUUCUGCUUCUUCCUCUCAAUUCUGUGGAUAUGCUAGCCGAAACCGGAAUUCAUAAGAGGCAGCAAAACGUAAUGUUCUUGUCAUGGUAUCUGCAAUUGGGUUAAAGUUUCUGGGUUUUGUUUCCUUUUACUAUAUAUGGAUACUCUGUUGCAGUCUGGUGAAAAUUAGGUAUGGUUCUUGCUCUCAACCAUGUCAUCCAAUUUUUUAUUAUUCUGAUUUUGUCUUUGUCCUACUUUCAUGGGGAGUUUCCAUAAGUCCUUCAAAAUCUUUCAUUCUUGUUCCUGAGUGAGAGACUACAGAAACACAUGUUGUCUCUCCUGUUCUGAUAUGUAAUCAAGCUACAGUGCUACACUGGGUUUGUUUUAGUAUUUCUUUUGUUGGGUUCUUUUUCUUUGGCUUAAAUCAGCCAUGAAAAGUUUCAACAUCAACGUUGGAGCUGUUUCUCUUCUUUCGCUCCUCCUUUUCUUGAAGGUUUCCUGCAUUGGCGACUAUGAAGAAACUUCAGUGGCUCUUAUGGAGAAAACAGAGCAAGAAUCUCUGUAUUCGGCCAUACAAGGGUUCGUGGGGAGCUGGUGGAAUGGCUCAGAGCUUUAUCCUGACCCUUGUGGUUGGACCCCAAUACAGGGAGUCUCUUGUGAUUUCUUUGAUGGCUUUUGGUAUGUAACUGGCAUCAACAUUGGACCUGUUCAUGACAACUCUCUCAGCUGCGCCAGGAAUGUUGAGUUCAGCCCACACCUGUUUGAGCUCAAGCACCUUAGAAGUCUCUCCUUCUUCAAUUGCUUUGUCUCUCCUCGUCGACGCCCAAUCUCAAUUCCUACUCAGAACUGGAAGAAACUUGCUGAAAGCUUAGAAUCUUUAGAAUUCCGAUUAAACCCAGGUGUAAUAGGACAGAUUCCAGCGAUCUUCGGCAGCCUCACCAAGCUUCAAUCUCUUGUGUUACUUGAGAAUGGAUUAAGCGGUGAAUUACCGAUCAAACUUGGUAAUUUAAUCCACCUAAGGCGACUAAUCCUUGCCGGAAACCAAUUCUCCGGUCGAAUUCCCGAUUGUUUGGGUGGAUUGACUCAGCUCCUAAUCUUUGAUUCAAGCAGGAAUGCUCUGUCUGGGAAUUUACCUUUGAGUUUUGGAGGGUUGACUUCACUCCUAAAGCUUGAUUUGAGUGACAAUCUGUUGGAGGGAAAGCUUCCUGAAGAGCUUGGAAAUCUGAAAAAUCUUACUUUAUUGGACCUUAGAAGCAAUAAGUUUUCAGGUGGGUUGACUCAAUCACUUCAAAAAAUGAUCUCCUUACAAGAGUUGGUGUUAUCCAACAAUCCAAUAGGGGGAGACCUCAUGGGUGUUGUGUGGGAAAAUCUGCAGAACUUGAUUGUUCUAGACCUCUCUAACAUGAGCUUGGCAGGACAGAUUCCAGAAACUAUUGCAGAGCUCAAGAGAUUGAGAUUUCUGGGUCUGAACAACAACAACAAUCUUUCAGGAAACAUCUCUCCAAAAUUUGAAGCUAUGCCUUGUCUGAGUACUCUCUAUCUGAAUGGAAACAAUCUGACUGGAGAACUCAAAUUCUCUGAAUGGUUUUAUGGGAAAAUGAAGAGGCGAUUUGGAGCUUGGAACAACCCAAAUCUCUGCUACCCAGUUAAAUUGAUGUUAACAGAGCAUGUUCCUUAUGGAGUAAAACCUUGUCAGCCGGAGGUUAGAAUAUAAUUGAAAAACAUUACUUGGUGAUGGGGAUCUGAAUCUGAUUACCUUAUUUUUAGUUUUAUUGAGAUCUUCAAGCUGUGGUGUUAAUGGGUUUUGGAA